AUGGAAGCUGCCUCUGCUCGCGCGGCGGCCCGCGACCGCUGGGGAGAUGUCGGCCGCGCGCCAUCUCAGCUGUUGCGCUUCAUCCAGGGAGCUUGCAGCCCCGAAAACUACGAGCCCAACCUGGCGCUCAAUCUCGAGAUCUCGGACUUGAUCAACAGCAAAAAGGGCACCGCCCCUCGCGAGGCUGCCACUGCCAUUGUCGGCUUCGUCAACCACCGCAACCCCAAUGUCGCCCUGCUUGCCCUCAGCCUGCUCGACAUCUGCGUCAAGAACUGCGGCUACCCUUUCCACCUGCAGAUCAGCACCAAGGAGUUCCUCAACGAGCUGGUGCGGAGAUUCCCGGAACGCCCCCCAAUCCGCCCGACCCGCGUCCAGGCCAAGAUUCUUGAGCUGGUGGAGGAGUGGCGCAUGACGAUAUGCGAGACGAGCCGCUACAAGGACGACUUGGGUUUCAUCCGGGACAUGCACCGCCUGCUCAGCUACAAGGGCUACAUGUUCCCCGAGGUGCGGAGGGAAGAUGCUGCUGUUUUGAACCCCAGCGAUAAUCUGAAAUCGGCCGAGGAAAUGGAGGAGGAAGAGCGAGAAGCGCAAUCAGCCAAGCUGCAGGAGCUCAUUCGCCGGGGCACGCCCGAGGACCUCCAGGAAGCCAACCGCUUGAUGAAGGUCAUGGCCGGCUACGAUACUAGAUCUAAGACAGACUACCGGGCCAAGGCGGCCGAAGACGUCAGCAAGAUCCAGGCCAAGGCGAGACUGCUGGAAGAGCGCCUUGCGGCGUUCCAACCUGGAGACAAGAUGCAGGAUGGCGACGUUUUCAGCGAGCUCGCCGCCGCCUUGCAGAGCGCCCAGCCCAAGAUCCAAAAGAUGUGCGAGGAGGAGUCGGAUGAUCACGAGGCCGUGGCCAGGCUGCUGGAGAUUAAUGACAGCAUACACCGUACAGUCGAGCGCUAUAAGCUCAUGAAGAAGGGCGACCUCGAAGGUGCUGCUAAAGUUGCGGCCGGCGUUCCUCUGCCGUCGCAACCAUCAGGAUCGAACUCUGCGGCAAACGAGUUGUCACUUAUAGACUUUGAUGGCGAUGUCGCACAGAACAACGGCAGCAACGGUGCAGGUUCAUCGCAGGCUGGCGGAUUGGAGAACGAUCUCCUCGGCUUGGACAUUAGCGGCCAGUCGAGCACGUAUGGACAGGGCGGCGGCAUUGCCUUGGGAUUUGACAUUCCUGGGCCCGCGCUACUAUCUUCCCUCACUCAAGGAAGCACCGCCAGAGGAGCUGGACAGAACGACACGCCGCCUCCGUUCUCCCAGUUUGCCUCCUUUACAUCUCCUCCCGCCUCACAGUCCGCCACUCCCCAGCCCAACUUCCAGCAACAGCAGCAGCAGCAGCAGCAGCAGGCACCCCCUCCAGCCGUCUCCAACGCCUUUGCCUCCUUUUCCACCGGCCCUCCCGCGCCCCAGCCCGCAGCCGUGUCCAACGACGACGACGAAUGGAACUUUUCUUCCGCGCUGCCCGCCGAAUCGGCGCCCGCCAAGCCUAGGGAGCAUAGGGGAACCGCCAGCAACUCUGGCUUAAGGACCGACUUCCUGGCAAAGCGCAGCACUGCCGUUAGCAACGCCAUCAACAUUGUGUUUGCCUUUUCAAACAACACCGCGCAACCUAUUAAUGAGCUACACUUUCAAUUAGCCGUCACAAAGGGCUACGAACUUCAACUCAAACCCCAAACAGGCCGCUCCCUCGCCCCCAAGCAGAGCCGCGGCGUCACCCAAGAAGUCGACGUCUGGCACACCGGCAACAGGAACCAGCGCGUCGACUCCGUCAAGCUCCGCUGGCGAGCGUCGUACAAGGUCGGCGAGGAGGUGAAGAAUGAGAUGGGCGAGAUUGCAGAAUUUAGCCUUGCGUAA